UUGUAAUUGAAAUUUAAUUUAAUUAAGUUCUAAUGCUUUUAUUUAAAUUCUAAUAUCUUUUAAUAUAGUUCUAAUGUUAUUAUUCGAUUUCAAAUUAAAUUGUAAGUGCGCAUCGUUUUCUGUUCUGUCCGCAGACACCGAAUGUUAGAAGUGCGCUAUAAAACUGCAUUUAAAAGUUGUUUGAUAUUAUUAUGUCCUUGAGUUCAUAAUAAAAAUGUUAUGAAUUGAUAAGGUUAGUGAUCUAAAAUCUAGGUCAUCGCUUAAAAGAUGAAAAAUGAUAAGGAAAGGAUAUCUUAGAAGCGGGUACAUUCAAGCACUUCGUGAUGCAUUUCGCUCUUAAUUCUGAUUGGCUUUGCGGAAUUAAAUGAAUCAUUCCAUAUGAUUUUGAACGUAUUGACUUAAUAGUAUAUGGAGUGUUUCCUGUAGGUUGCGGAAAUUAUUUCUUUCAUUAUUACCAGUUAUAUACAAAGGGUAUUUUUAGAAAGCGGGAGGUAUCUGAGUAUCACAGAAGUGACUGCUUAUUUUUAGUUUUGAAAGUUAUAGAUAGAUGGCUUCAGAAUUUAAUAUAUCAAAAUUGCCAAUCACAGUUAAAAAUUUUCUCAAUUGGAUGUGCCAUGGUCUGGAGCCAUGGGAAAUCAUUCUUUGCACUUUUGUUACAAUGUCAUUAAUAUUUUAUUUGACAUUAUGGCUUGAAGUCAUGGAUAGAGAUGGAAUAUCUCAACGUUUCUGGUAUUUUGUACGUCAGUUACCAUAUGUAAAACAAAGUAUUGAGAAGAAGAUGAAAAGUUCUUCAGAUGAAGUUGAAAAAGAAUUGUUGAAAGGCUUAGAAAAUAAAGUUUUUCUGAGGGAAAUUCCAGAAACUCAUUGGAAAAGUGAAGACAUAUUAAAAGAAAUUGGAAAAUAUUUAUCAUUUGGAAGAUAUUCUUGGCAAGAAGGCUAUGUGUCUGGUGCUGUUUAUCCUGGCAAUGAUGAAUCUUUGAAGUUACUCAUGAAGAAUGUGUAUGGGGAGACAGGUUACACAAAUCCUCUUCACCCUGAUGUUUUUCCUGGUAUUAGAGUCAUGGAAGCUGAGAUUAUACAAAUGGUCUCUUCUCUUUUCAAUGCUCCACAGGCUGUUGGGACUGUUACAAGUGGUGGAACUGAAAGUAUUUUUCUUGCUUGUAAAGCAUAUAGAGAUUUUGCCAAGUUUGAGAAGGGUAUAAAAAAUCCAAAUAUGGUAAUACCAGUAACAGCUCAUGCAGCUUUUGACAAGGUAAAUUAGAAAUUAUGAUAUAUU